CAUUUUGGACUGCUGCCGCGAAACCAGGGAGGUUGGGUCCACCGCUUCAAUGUUUAAGCGCCUGCGCACAUUGGGGAAAAUUCUGGAAGACGGCGGACGGCGGAGCUACCGCCAUUUUGUGGGAAGGGGAGCAGUCAGGUUGCAGUGCUGCUUUUACUAUUUACAUUCUGGAAGACAGCCGUGCUUUGCGCUGCCCAACAAACCCAAAGGAACGGAGAAAACCGGGAUCCCCCCUGCGGGGACCCGGAACCGAUCUGCUACGAUGGCAUCCGAUGACUUUGAUAUAGUGAUUGAGGCCAUGCUGGAAGCUCCCUAUAAAAAAGAGGAGGAUGAGCAGCAAAGGAAGGAGGUUAAAAAGGAUGAUCCUAGCAACACCAGCAUCAGCAACAGUGGCAGUGUGAGCAGUACUACUGCGGAGACAAGCAGGAAGAAGAGGAGUCGGAGCCAUAGUAAAAGCAGGGAUAGGAAGCGCAGUCAUAGUCGAGACCGGGAUCGAUACAGACGGAGAAAUAGUCGGAGCCGAAGUCGAGAUCGGCAGCGUCAUCACCGCAGCCAUAGCCGGGACCAUCAUCAUAGUAGUGAGUCUCGAAUUCGGGACUGGCGCCGUGAAGGUCGUGUGCGUUACAGGAGCCCACCACUUGCCACUGGGCGUAGGUAUGGACAGAGUAAGAGUCCUCAUUUCAGAGAGAAGAGCCCAGUCAGGGAACCAGUUGAUAAUCUGAGUCCCGAGGAGCGUGAUGCUCGAACAGUUUUCUGUAUGCAGUUAGCUGCCCGCAUUCGGCCUCGAGACCUGGAAGACUUUUUCUCUGCUGUUGGCAAAGUUCGUGAUGUACGUAUCAUCUCAGAUCGGAACUCACGUCGUUCUAAGGGCAUUGCCUAUGUGGAAUUCUGUGAAAUCCAGUCUGUGCCGCUAGCCAUUGGGUUGACUGGGCAGCGGCUGCUGGGGGUGCCUAUCAUUGUACAGGCCUCACAGGCUGAGAAAAACCGACUGGCAGCCAUGGCCAAUAACUUGCAGAAGGGCAGUGGUGGACCAAUGCGCCUCUUUGUGGGCUCCCUGCACUUCAACAUCACUGAAGACAUGCUGCGGGGCAUCUUUGAGCCCUUUGGCAAAAUUGAUAAUAUUGUCCUGAUGAAGGACUCAGAUACAGGCCGCUCUAAAGGUUAUGGUUUCAUUACAUUCUCUGACUCUGAAUGUGCCCGGCGGGCCCUGGAGCAGUUGAAUGGCUUUGAGCUUGCUGGUCGACCUAUGAGGGUUGGCCAUGUGACUGAGCGACUGGAUGGUAGCACAGACAUCACUUUUCCUGAUGGAGACCAGGAGCUGGACCUAGGAUCAGCAGGUGGACAUUUACAGCUCAUGGCCAAAUUGGCAGAAGGCUCUGGAAUCCAGCUGCCAGCCACAGCUGCUACUGCCACUGCUGCCGCUGCCCAGGCCGCUGCCUUGCAGCUGAAUGGAGCAGUUCCCUUGGGGGCCUUAAACCCAGCAGCUCUGACUGCUCUGAGUCCAGCCCUGAACCUCACCUCUCAAGCAGUCGCCUCCCAGUGCUUCCAGCUUUCCAGCCUUUUUACCCCCCAAACCAUGUAAAUCACAGGACCUUGCUUGUUUUCGUCACUGGGUAUUUUCUUCCUUUGGCUUCCAUUCACUUCUUCUCCUUGCCCCAGGUAAAUCAGUGGCACAGUACAUUGCCUCCCUGUGCCGGGGGGUCCUGCCACUACCUUCCUCACAACUGCCCUUCUACGGCCCCUUCUCUCUGUUUUGUGGACCAAGCCAUCCUGAGGCCAUGGACAUUUACUCUGCAGGAAUUGGGGCCACCCUUAGACACCAAGAAGCUCUCCUGCCUGUGGCCCCAGUGGGAAUGGACUCUGCUAAGCAACCACUAGUCCAAGAGAACAAUUACUGAACACUGUUUCUCCAUGUGCAUCGUCUCCUGAGAUGAUCUUCAUUGCCCUUUCCAACCCUCUCUUAGUGAUUCCUCGAUUCCUAUGUUGGGAAGGCCAUGGGCAUUAACAGAAGGAACUGACUUCUUUUUUCUUCCUCCGUACCUUUACCCUACUAUUUUGUCAAGGAAAAAUCCUUAAGCCCUCUGCUCCAAGAGGACUUUGGAGUUUGGGGGCAAGGGGGUGAACCUUGAAGGUGCUGGCUUGCCGCUGCAAGGUCCAUGGAAGAGAGCUGGGACAUGUAUGUGCAUUGUGAAGCCUGCCUUAGACCUCAGCUUGGGACCAGAAUUACCGUGGGCCCAGCAUCUUGCUGGGAGCUGUAGAAAUGAUCCAUUCUGCCAGGCAUUUUGGAUGUCUUAGGGGCAUUCUGGAGUUUAGGGAAAGAUGGUGCACUUUUCAAGUAUCUUCCAUCUUCCUUUGUAUAGUUAGUUGUCCUUCCUCCCAGGUACUUCCUUUGGUCCAGGGUGGGAGGAUGGUGGGGAGGCUGCUAUUCUCUACCACUUCCCAUGUGCCUCUACUGUGGGCUCCACCCAGCUGUUAAAGCUGCUCCUGUCCCCUACUUGGGCACAUGUGAGCCCUUCUUACUGAAUUUUAUACCCUUGUGUGUGUGUGUGUACAUAAAUACACACACACACACAUAUAUAUAUAUAUAUAUAAACUUUGUACAAAAGGCAAGCUUCAUUGUUGUGGCGGCUGUGUGUGUGGUCUGUCAGUAUGUCUGAUGUUAACUUCUAAUGAGCCAAAACCAUGAAUGUUCUAGGGAUAUAAAAUAUUUGU